CGGCAAUAGAUGACUGUGACUGCGGAGUACAGAGGCUAGUCAGCAUCCUCAGGUCAUGCCCUACCUGGCCCACACAGCAAACCUUCAAAUUGCAGGAUUCUUUUUUGCUACAGUGGGCUGGGUUUUAGGCUCCAUUACCACAGGCCUUGUGCAAUGGAGAGUAUGGUAUGUGGCCAACACCACCAUAAUUACUUCUGGCAUUGCUUGGAUAGGCAUCUGGCGGACUUGCUUCUUCAGUCAUGUUUUGGUGUCUCCAAACCUGGAAACCAUGUACUGCCAAGAAUUCAGCGUGACGGACUCCUUUAUACCACAGGAAAUAUUUGUGGCACAAGGCCUCAUGUUAGUGGCCUUGAUCCUUGGGGCAAUGGGGAAAGCUGCAUGUGUCUACGGACUAAAGAAUAUUUAUCAUAGGACAAGCUCAAUUUGGCUUACAGCAGGUGGAUUUUUAUAUGUACUCUCCAGCAUCUCCAUUCUUAUAUCUGUGGCCUGGAACAUGAACUCAGUUGUCAGUAAUAGCACUAUAGCCUUUCCGAGUACAUUCAGUAUGCCGUCCAGUCCUCAGAAGCAGGAGGUUGGGGCUGGCAUUUCCCUGGGAAUUGUCUCUGCCAUUGUGCUUUUCAUAAGUGGAAUCUUUUUCUUUUGCUACAAGCUACCUCCGUUCCUUGACAACAGAACACAUCCUAUAAGUUCAGAGAAUCCUGUGUUAUCUGACAGCCUCAGUGUGACGUCAAAAGUUGCAGAGGUGUCCGGAAGUUUUGUCUCAUUGAAAAGUUCUGCAAAUCCGACAUUAAACUGUGAUGGGAUUAAGAAUGAGGCCUUUAUCUGGGAGACAGAGGAAAACCUAUGAAUUUAUAUCUAUAUGUGACAUCCAAACUCCCAGCAAAUAAUAAUUAAACCCAGGUGGAAAUAAUGUGGAUUUUGAUAGCACACAAUAAGCAAAUUAAGUAUUAGCUGGAACCUAAACAUGAAUAUAGUAAGUUACUUAUGGAAAUAUAGGUUUUUACAAACGUGUAAAUUAUUAUAUGUUCUACUAGAUUCUUUUUUUCAUUUUCUUGCCAACCUACCAAAAAAUGGAGCUAGCUUUUACAGUAUAUGCCAUUCCCACACAUAAACAUUAAUAAGUGGUUAAUGGCAUUUACAUAUUAGGGGUCUAGUUGCCAAAGACAUAUUUUAACAUACAGUAUCACAAAUAUAG